AUGCCGUUCUCGCGCUCUGCCACCAGCGCGCUCGCUGCGGCGCCGUCGCUCUUCCGCUUCGCCACCUCAACAUCCCUCGCCGCCUCCAGAAGCUGUCCCCAAUGCUUCCGCUCCAUGUCAUCCGCCAGGCAGACCCGCCAUCUUCAGACUGCUAGCGCAUACCAGCCGCACUACCUGCAGCCCCCACCCGCCCCGCCGAGGAACACUGGCAUCCCUGAUACAUCCAUUGCCGGCGGCAAGCCCGAGGUCAACGAGACACGGCCCCCGCGACUGACCGAGCAGCGCGGUGGUCGCGUCGCCGCCAGUGACGACAACAAGACCAGCAUCAGUGUGACCGAGGCCGAGGCCCAGAAGCCCAAGCCUGCAUUCAAUGCUGCGCCCGCGCCCGCUCCGGCACCCACCAAGAGACCGAGCCGUUUCAAGUUCAAGCCCAAGAAGGCCGCCAUGGUCCUCACUCCCACCGCCGUAUCUGCCCUCCGCGAACUUUUGGACUCACCUGAGCCCAAAUUGAUUCGCGUUGGCACCAGGAGCAAGGGCUGCUCCGGCCUGGCCUACCACCUCGAAUACGUCGACAAGCCUGGCAAGUUCGAUGACGCCGUUGAGCAGGAUGGCGUCAAGGUUUUGAUCGACUCCAAGGCCCUCAUCCACAUCCUCGGCAGCGAGAUGGACUGGGUCGAGGACAAGCUCAGCCGGAGAUUUGUUUUCAGGAACCCCAACAUCACUGAGCAAUGCGGAUGCGGCGAGUCCUUUAGCGUCAGCUGA